UCGACACACGCAGUGAACUUAAGAAGAAGAAAUAGUCUGUGCGUCAUCUGGACCAAAUAUGAAAUCUAGAAAUCCGCUUUUAAAAUUUAUGUGAAUUGAAAAAUGUUCUAAAACCAAUUUUAAUUUAAUUUUCAAAAGACAAUUAAUUUUGUUCAUUAUGUCCUUUUAUAUUUGUACAGUGUCUAACUUAUUAAUGUCUAGUUCAUUUAAGAACAGAAUGAUGUAACUGAAUGUAAUUAUUUUUGGACUAUUAUUAUUGAAUCUAAUGGCUCUUAUAUAGAAAAAACAGACCGAAACAUGAAUUUAGAUUAUGUUAAAUGUAAUAGAGCUAAUGAGCUUCUGCAUUGACUGCUUUAGCAACGACGUCAGUUUGGACCGGCAAUUACGAAUUUAGUUGAAUAAUAUCGGCGUAUCAGAUAUAGGAAUGGACCAGUAUAUUCUUGGCAUUGACAUAGGCACCACAUCCGUUAAAGUCUGUAUUGUAAACACAUCCAAAGACAAUACAGUUGAAGCGCUACAUAAUAAAGACACACAGUCAAAUGUUCCGAGUGACACUGGUCCAGGUGGGAACAAGCAAGAUGUAUUUACAAUAGUUUCAGCAAUUAAUUUAUGUGUUUCCAAGUUGCCAAAACAGUUACUUCAAAAGGUUGGUAAAAUUGGAAUAUGUGGUCAAAUGCAUGGUGUGAUGUUCUGGAAUAAUGAUGAAAAACAAAAGGCUUGGGAGAUGGUAGGUAAAGAAAGGAAUGUUAGAUUUGAUGUUGUUAAGGAACGAGUCUCAGCUUUAUAUACAUGGCAGGAUAACAGAUGUGAUACCGAUUUUUUGGCCACUUUACCUCCACCUCAAAGUCAUAUAAGAAUAUCAACAGGAUUUGGUUCAGCAACUAUUUUUUGGAUGGCAAGAAACAAACCUCACAAACUAGAGAAGUACAACUGUUCGGGUACAAUAAUGGAUUUUGUUAUCUCGGUUUUAUGUAAUUUAGAAAAACCAGUUACUUCCAAUCAGAAUGCCGCUUCUUGGGGAUAUUUCAAUUGCUCUACUAAUGAGUGGAACAUUGAUAUUCUCGCUGAAGCCGGAUUCCCAAUUCAUUUGUUACCUCAAGUUAAAGAAGUUGGACAGAUAGCAGGGUAUUUAGUUGAUAAUUGGCAUAGCAUUCCAAAAGGAACCCCCGUAGGUGUAAGUUGCGGUGAUAUACAGUGCUCUAUUUUAUCGACAUUGGAAUCACCUUACGACGCGGUAUUAAACAUUUCUACCUCAGCCCAAAUUGGUUUUAUAGCCAAGGGCUAUGUUCCCCCAACCGGACCCCCCCUCAAGUCGACCGAUGGUUAUUUUCCAUACUUCAACAAGCAGUUUAUUGCAGUGGCCGCUUCAUUAAAUGGGGGCAACACCUUGGCUACUUUUGUGAAAACUUUGCAACAAUGGACUUUGGAGCUUGGCUUUAGCGUACCACAGUCGAAAGUUUGGGAAAAAAUUUUAGUGCUUGGCGAGGAUGACAAUAGUAUUUCGGACUUAAGGAUCAUUCCGACAUGUCUCGGCGAAAGGCAUUCACCAGAUAGGACGGCUUCAAUUGAAAAUAUUCACGUGGGAAAUAUAGGAUUGGGCCAGGUUUUUCGUUCCCUAUGCCGGGGUCUUGUGGAAAAUUUGCAUAGUAUGAUGCCUAAGGAAAUUCUUCAACGACAACAAAUAACAAGGCUAGUGGGCAACGGAUCCGGUUUAUCUAGGAACAAAGUUCUGCAAAAAGAAGUGCAACACUUGUAUGAACUACCACUGGUUUUCACAAAGGGCGGAGACGCGUGCAAAGGUGCUGCAAUGUCACAGGCCCUGCCAUAAGGUCGUGGGCCACUUAGGAAAUUUUAGAAAAUUUUGGAUUGAAUAUUUAGAAACAAUUUCCUAUAAAAAAACACAUUAGAAUGGGACGCAAUUUUUUUUUAAACAAUUAAAGGUGUAUGGCUCUAAAUGUCAAUGUUAUCUAAUUGCUAGUUGUUUGUAUUUAGUGGUACUGCUAGAAUUUUUAAAUAUUUAUGUUUUGAAUACAGGGAUUUACAGAAAUUGUUGUGAAAAUUUGUUAAAUAAUUUUAGUAAAUUUCAUAGUAUCUGGCGCUUUUAGGGCUUUAUAAAAAACUAAUGGAAUAUUUGUUUAAUGUUGUAAUGGUGCUUGUCAUUAGCUGUGAUUAGGUUGGCCCACUGAACAACAUUUUGUGCCCAACUUUGUUUUCUAUUUUUGAAAACCUUUUACUAGAUUAAAAAGAUCAUUAAAUAAAGUA